CAGUAUUUUUUCGGGAGUCUGUUUCUGUAAAUGAUUGCAGAUUUGUGCACCGGCUUACUAUGUCGGUGGUUAUUGAGACCACACUAGGAGAUUUGACCGUUGACCUGUUCACCGACGAACGGCCAAUUGCCUGCCUUAACUUCAUAAAACUUUGCCAGUUAAAAUACUACAACUUCAACCUAUUUCACACUGUGCAGCAAGGCUUCAUUGCUCAAACCGGCGAUCCCAGUGGCGUUGGAGAUGGCGGUUCCUCAGUAUGGGGCGUUGUGGAAGGCUCCCAAAAACGUUUCUUCGAGGCCGAAUACAUUCCGAAAAUACACCACUCAAGUGCGGGGAUACUCUCGCUGGUCAGUGCCGGGAAAAAUCUUGUUGGCUCCCAGUUCUUCUUUACGCUUGGUGAAAACCUGACAUCGUUGGACGGCACUCACUGCGUUAUUGGUGAAGUUGUGGAAGGACACGAAUUGCUCCGGAAGUUGAACGAUGCAAUAGUAGACGACAGCUUUCGCCCAUAUCAGGAUAUACGCAUAACUCACACAGUCGUUCUCGAAGAUCCGUUUCCAAACCCCCGUGGUUUUCAAGUCCCCAGCCGUUCGCCGUCUCCUAGCGUCGAAAGGCUUAAAAAUGGGCGCAUCGCCGCAGACGAAGACAUAGACGACACUAACGGUAAAACCAUGGAGGAGAUGCAAGAGAUGUUGGCAGAACGCGAAGCCAAGGCACGUGCUACAAUCCUAGAAAUCGUAGGGGACUUGCCGGAUGCGGAGAUGGCCCCGCCAGAAAACGUGCUUUUUGUAUGCAAACUUAAUCCUGUGACAACGGACGACGACUUGGAGAUAAUUUUCAGUCGAUUUGGCGUUGUGAAAGGCUGCGAAGUGAUACGAGACCGGAAGACAGGUGACUCCCUACAGUAUGCUUUUGUGGAAUUCGAAGAUCAAAAAUCAUGCGAGGCUGCCUAUUUUAAAAUGGACAAUGUGCUUAUUGACGAUCGUCGCAUACACGUGGACUUCUCGCAGUCGGUGUCUAAAGUGACUUGGCGGGGAAAAGGUCGAGGUAUUAUAGGUGCUGAUGGUCGAUUAGACUUUAAUAACUUGAAAGAAAGCAAUGGCAGUAGAAAUGUUAGUCAACCGACCAAAAUGGGAAGCACUGAAGGGCGUAAGGAUAGAAAUGGAAAUGAUGAACACAAAAGUCGAACGACUUUGGAAGAACGCAAGAAGGCUCGUGAGCUACGACACCAAGAACAAGAGGACCGCGAAAAACGUGGUCGAGGCAAAAAUUUUCAACGUUCAAGAUCAAGAGACCCUAAUCGGUAUAGAGAACAAUAUGAAGGGCGCCAUUCCCGAUCAAGGGAUCGAAACGAACGUAGAAGGGCAACAUCGCCUUACAGAGGCAGUCGCUACUCACCAGAACGUGGGUGGCGGGAAAAUGUACGUAACAGAUGUAAAGACCGAGACAACAGACCCACGUUUAAAGCCCAGGAGAAUUCACAAAGCCACCGACGUAACGCUGAGAAAAGUAACAAGGAGAAACUAUCAGAAGAUAACAAAAGAGACCGAAGACGUGUCACUGUAAAAAAAGAGAGCAAAGCUAAGAAACCAUCGAAGCGAACUAAAAGCAGCAGUUCAGAAUCCAGCAACACCUCAGAUGAUAGUGAAUCAUCAAUAUCAUCUAGUAGUUCGGAUAGCUCCAAAGACAGCUCCUCCUCAUCGGAUCAUCGUAGCAAACGCAAGAAGCACAUCAAGCCGAAACAUAAAAAAAGCAAUGCAAAAAGCAAGCACAAGUCAAAAAAAAAACGCAAAAAAUAAUGCUUUUAAUGUAUUGACGUUACAAAUAAUUUAAACUAAUUCGCUAAUA